GAGAUGUGUUUGGAAACGCUAUUUCCGUUUACUUCCUCAGCACGCUGACAUCGGGUCGAAAUUUACGAGUUAGGUCCGAUUCUCCUGACGCAUGUUGGAUGCUUCAGUGUCUGACAUCCAAAGACAGGCGCAGCUUAUUAGGCAAUGCAGACAGUGCUCAGACUGGCGGCAGUAGCGGUGCCUAUGGGUUUGCUGCUCUCCAGAACCAUGGCAUGGAUCUCAAGUGGCAAAACAAAUAUAGAACUCAUCACCCGCUUAAGAGAUCAUGGAGUUAUUCGCAGUGACAGAGUGUUUAAUGCCAUGCUUGCCACUGAUAGAGGGAUUUAUUCCAGAGAUCACCCUUAUGCUGACUCUCCCCAGUCCAUAGGAUACAAGGCUACGAUCAGUGCCCCUCAUAUGCAUGCACAUGCUCUUGAGGUCCUUAGUGACAAGUUAACAGAAGGAGCUUCAGCCUUGGAUGUGGGCUCAGGAAGUGGAUAUCUUACUGCAUGCUUUGCCAGAAUGGUAGGGCCCUCUGGAAAAGUAGUGGGAAUUGAGCACAUAGAUGAGCUGGUGCAAGCCUCUGUGAAAAAUGUCCAGGCAGAUGAUCCAGAACUGCUUGCGUCUGGACGAAUUAAAUUAGUGGUGGGUGAUGGCCGGUUGGGUUAUCUUGAUGAAGCCCCUUAUGAUGCCAUUCACGUUGGAGCAGCAGCUCCUACACUCCCUAAAGCUCUCCUGGAACAGUUGAAACCAGGUGGGAGACUUGUUUUGCCUGUGGGCCCAGAGGGUGGAAGCCAAGUUCUGGAGCAGUAUGACCGUCAGAGCGAUGGUACUUUCCUCAGGAAAGCACUGAUGGGUGUGGUUUACGUCCCACUGACAGACAAACACCGCCAGUGGCCAGGUGAUGAGCUCUGAUUGCAGUAUGGUUGCCCCUGCAGGAGAUGGCGCUGGUGCUGUGGUUCAAAAAGCCCUUAGGGCUGAAGAAACACCUCCCAUCCCAUCUCCACCUGCUGCCUAGCAACACACUCGUCUCAAUCAUUCAGAUUCUUGACUUAAAACUAAAGUUCAAGUGCAGCGACUGCUAGAGGACUAAAACGAAUGCUGUAAUUCUCAGGAGGUGUCUCUUCACAUACUUAAAAUGAGUCUGCAAGAACUUCCAUAUGUAAGGCUUGUGAUCUCAGUAGCUUCAAAAGUGGCCAUGUGUUCAGUUUUCGCAUACUAUACAGCAAGAAGCAAUCGAAAUAGAAUACAGUUAUGUGUGGAAAUGAGCUAUGUAUCAUUUCGUUGUCUCACUUCUAAGUUAUAUGCCACAGCUUAAAUAAAUGGGGAAACAAAAUACUUUAAGCUAAUUAAAUUUAAAAGUUAUUUUAAAAACCUAUUCUCUUUUUUGUAGUCUCUGUGCAUGGAGUCAGAAUUUGAGUUGAAGUGUUGCUGUUGUCUAGUCAACUUUGUAAAACAAUAUAAUAAUCUACACAUUAAAUGUAUAAUCAUAUGUUAAUUGUGUGCAGAGUUAAAUGUAAACAUAAUA